CCAUACUGACUGCUGAGUUGAAAUGUUUGUCUAUUUAGUCUGUCAUAAUGCGGCUGUUGUUGUUUGUGACUUUAUAGUGCAUUAGAAAUAUUCUGUCUUGGCAGCAAAGUUAGUUGAUGUGCAAUGAAGCUAACACGGAAACUGGUUCUCGCUAAGGCUAAGGCCUCCGACUUGGAAAGCGUGAAGAAACUGAACUGCUGGGGAUGCAACCUGACUGAUAUUUCUAUCUUCUCUCAAAUGGCCAACAUUGAGGUGCUGACACUGAGUGUCAACAGCAUCUCGUCUCUGUCUCCCCUGGCUGGCUGUGUGUCUCUGUGUGAGCUCUACCUGAGGAGGAACAUGAUUGCCUCACUCUCUGAGCUCUCUCAUCUACGGCCAUUGACGCGUCUCAGAGUGCUCUGGUUGGCUGAAAACCCCUGUUGUGGAGCUGACUCCAGCCAGUAUCGCCUCACUGUACUGCGCUGCCUGCCUCGCCUGCAGAAGCUCGACAACCAAGUAGUGACAGAGGAUGAGCUUGCAUCAGCUCUCAUGGAGGGUGAAGAGCUCACCACCCCCCCAGGUAGUCACCAAAACCAGCUUUCCACCAACGGACUUCCAGAUGCAGAGACAGAAAAUGACCCACUUAACUACAACAUGGAGGAGACCAACAAAAUCAGGGAAGAGUUGGGGAUGAAGCCCCUCCCAAGAGACAAGUUCCCAUCUCUUUCUUCUCCGUCAACCAGAGAAAACAAACCAUCACUGAAAAAGACACACACUCUCGACGCAGUUCUGCUGCUGCUGCGGGAUUUGGAUGAAGAAGAGCUACAAGUUGUACACACAGCUACUCAGAACAGACUCCAAACUUACACACUGGACUCAGAAACGCUAAACGAUUCAGUGCAGACACAGAAAACAGCUGACAUCCAGCACUGAGUAAUUUCAUAGCACGCAAUCAGGGCCAAACCUCUCCCUCUCUCCCUCCUCUUUGGAUGUUUAGUCUAAACUGAUUAGAAACAGGAUCCCACCACGCCCUCAUUUUUACCUGUCACCUUCUAGUUGCAAUAUGCAUGAUGUGUGAUGUAAUCUCACUGACCUGCCUCCCUUUUGUCACAGUUUUCACAUGUGGAGCAUUACUGUAUAGUUUCU